GUUGAUUUUGAUCAUUCAAAUCACUACCUUAAUUGUUCUAACAAUUUCCUCUCAAAAUCUUUAAACAAGAACAGAAAAAUUGAUUAUAGCUUAGAGUAGAGAGAAUCUUAAGAUUUGCUUUAUUCUUUUUUAUUUGAUUAUUUUAAGAAAGAAAAGGAAACAUGUUAUGGUGUCUUAUCCGCUACUUUCUUCGAUCCAUCGCGGUCAUUAUAAUCUCCAUUUUUGUAUGCUUCUCUUUAAAAGUAAUGCAGAAGAACAAAACCCGCAAAAAAAUUGAUUUAAAUUUCAGAGAGCUUCGAAAAGAGUACACAAAAAGGAUUUGAAACGAUCGAGAUUACUCAUUCAUUCUGUAUCGAUUCGCAUUGCGCCAAAUCUCCGCCUCCUGGAUUUGUUCAUAAUGCGAAACGUUUUUGAUUUCGGCGAGAACUUUUACGAAGGGAUUUGAGAGAAAAUCAUGGGGCAUUCGGCGCCGGUUUGGGAUUGCAGAGCCGCGAUUGAGAUUACGAAGGAUUGGAACGGCAUUGAUCAAGUUGUUCUUAGAAAUCCCAAAGGAGCUUCCGCUAGGAUUAGUUUACAUGGAGGACAAGUUUGUUCAUGGAGAAACGAUCAAGGGGAAGAACUUCUCUUCACAAGUAGUAAGGCAAUCUUUAAACCAGCAAAAGCUAUGAGGGGAGGAAUUCCAAUAUGUUUCCCACAGUUUGGUAACUGUGGAACACCAGAGCAGCAUGGGUUUGUCAAGAACAAGAUCUGGACAAUCGACGAUAAUCCACCGUCAUACGUGGCUGACCUCGACGGAGCGUCCUCCUUCGUCGAUUUACUAUAUAGAUCUUCAGAAGAGGAUUUGAAAUGUUGGCCCUAUAGUUUUGAGCUUCGGCUUCGGGUGUCUCUACGACACGAUGGAGACCUGAUUUUGAGUUCUAGAGUUAGGAAUAUCAAUGGAAAACCAUUUGCAUUCUCAUUUGCCUAUCACACACACUUGGUGGUUUCGGACAUAAGCGAGGUGCGAAUCGAAGGCUUGGAAACGCUCGACUUCUUGGACAAUCUAUGUCACAAAGAGCGGUUUACAGAACAAGGAGAUGCCAUAACCUUUGAAUCUGAGGUCGAUCGAGUGUAUUUGAAUACUCCGAAUGCAAUUGCGAUACUUGAUCAUGAAAGGAAGCGGACUUACGUGAUCCGAAAGGAAGGAUUACCGGAUGUGGUUGUUUGGAAUCCAUGGGAGAAGAAGUCGAAAGCAAUGGUGGAUUUCGGGGACGAGGAAUAUAAACAGAUGGUGUGCGUUAACGGAGCGGCGUUGGAGAGACCGAUCAUGUUGAAGCCUGGUGAGGAAUGGAGAGGGAAGAUGAAACUCAGUGUCGUUCCCUCGAGUUUCUCUCUCGACUUGUAGAGGAGAUGGAACCGAGACGGGGGGGACGGGGGACAGCACGGGCAGACUACUUUUUUAAUGUGGGUGAUGCUGUGCUGUGUUGAAAAGUAAAGUAAAGAUGGUUGUAGUUUUAGAAGAAGUUUUUAGUAGAAAUUGAUGAAAUUAGGAAGAAGGGUGUUGGGUUAUAUCGUUGUAAGCCAGUUGUGAUGUUUUUAAGGAGUGGCUUGGCUGCAUUUCCCCACUGAACUAUCUUCUUGUUUUUAGAGGAAGAAAGGGUGAAUUCAUUGUUUUCUUUGUUGUU